AUGCCGCCUCUUGCGACCAAGGGCAAGGGGAAAGGGCGCGAUGCUCGGCGUUCAAGAAGUCGCAAUACCACUCCUAAUUCCGCUAUUAGUAGCAGCGCACUUCCCUCAGCACCCACCUCGACAGCCUACCUAGGCAUUGGCACGGCGCUCCUGCUCGUGCCUUCAAGUCCUCAAUAUGCAGACAUGAUAGAAAAGUUGGAGUUGAAGCAGGGAAUGCCAGAGCCAAAACAUUUAGAUAUACUUGUUGAGCAGCUCAGACAACUUAGUGAUGCCGCAGAGGCCCGUUCGCAAGCAUGUUAUCUUGCCAUGACCGCCCUGUCAGUCAAACGUAAAGAUAUUGCAGAACAAGAGAGAGAAAGAGAGAGACUGGAACGGGAAGCAGAGUCACGGCGUGCACGAAUAAGAAAGGAAGCAGAAGAGGCCGACGAAGAUGCUAUUGUCAGAAAGGCAGGGAAGGUGAAGAAGCGAAAAGAUCGGCCAAGUGUCAAAGAAGAAAGACCAAUGGCACAUGGGGCGCAUCAAAUUGCACGACAAGAUGGGGUUGAUGUGAAGCAAGAGGGUCAGUUCACUUUCCUUGUACCGUAA